CUUGGAAGGCUUAUGGGAUUGGUAGUGGCAAAGAAGUAAUGGAAAAAUUACCGUCAGAUAUGGCUUACCAAUGGCUUGACAAGGAAUUCUCUUCUGGAGAUUUUAGAAGUAUGACGGUGAGAACAAAGGACACCAAGCCCAUUGCAGCUAGAGAAUCUGAUCAGUCCCUACAGCCGCAAGAAGAAAAAAAUAACUUGUACUCAUGUCCACAAGAUGGCUKYGUUAAAGUUUUUCAAAGGUACGCAAAUCUUGAACGCCACCUAUCUCUCGAAAAAUGCGAGAAAACAGUUGAAAGGCAGUCCCUGAUGGACAUGGCAAAAACACAGUAUGCCCUGAGAUUAGAAGAGGGAGUUGGGAUAAUCCCAUCUCUGAAGUCUUUAACAACGGAGUACGGUAGUACAACCGCAGUACUGGAGGAGRGGUGGUCGUUAAAAAAGGMAGCCAAAUCUUACCGGUUUAGCGACAGCCAAGUUAGCUACCUGAAGUCUAAGUUCAACAUUGGUGUUACGUCCGGACACAAAGUCAGUCCAGAAGUUGUUUCAAAGGAGAUGCGAAGAUGUGUGGGACCGGACGGAACCAGAAUGUUCAAGUCAUGCGAAUUCCUGACAGCACAGCAAAUAAAGUCGUUUUUCUCUAGAGAAGCUGCAAAACAGAGAAAACUUACCGAGGCAGACGUCAGUGCUCAACAAGAAGAGGCUAAUUUCGUUAACGCUCAACAAGCUGUUCUUUUGUCUUUGSAUACUAGUCAUCCAAUUACGUACGAGGAGUAUGACAUAUGCGCACUGGCCAAGAGCCACUCCCUYACUAAGCUGACGUUGCCAGUUCUCCAAGCGAUGUGCCAACACUUUGAUUUACCCGUGCUGAUCCCAAAGGACAGAAGAAAGAAAAAGCCGCAUAUCAAGCUCUUGGAAGAAAWGGUAGAAACCUGCCAGUGCUCAAUGUAACUGAAUAAUUUACUUCUAAUAAUUUUUUUAGUCAAUUGAGUGAAAUAUUAUCACUUUUAGUUAUUGAUAMCACACUUGUGUUAAUUGCCGUGCGCUGAUUGGCUGAUUAGAGUAAGUCAAUAGGCAAUGCGCAGCGACGUCAUUUU